CAUUUGCUUUCCAGUAGACCGGAAGCAGCAAUAGAAGAAGACACGAGAAGCUUCCUGUUGUAGUCGGCGCGUUUGCUUGAUUUUUGUUUUAUUUUUUAUAGAAAAAAAUAAAACCGCAGGGAUGGCAAGAAACGCAGAAAAGGCCAUGACGGCUUUGGCUCGAUUCAGACAAGCUCAACUAGAAGAGGGAAAAGUCAAGGAGAGAAGACCUUUCCUGGCGUCAGAAUGCAGUGAACUUCCGAAAGCAGAGAAAUGGAGACGACAGAUCAUCAGUGAAAUUUCAAAGAAAGUGGCUCAGAUUCAGAAUGCCGGUCUUGGUGAGUUCAGGAUUCGGGAUUUGAACGAUGAGAUCAAUAAACUCCUCAGAGAGAAAGGUCACUGGGAGUAUCGGAUCAGAGAGCUGGGAGGACCAGAUUACCACCGUAUUGGACCCAGGAUGUUGGACCAUGAGGGGAAGGAAGUUCCAGGAAACCGAGGAUAUAAAUAUUUUGGAGCAGCCAGGGACCUGCCAGGAGGGGCGGCUGCCCCAGCCGCCAGGAAAAGCAGAGCAGAGCUGAUGAAAGAAGUGGACGCGGAGUAUUAUGGGUACAGAGACGAAGACGAUGGAGUUCUGGUUCCUUUGGAAACGCAGUAUGAAAAACAAGCUGUGGUGGAGGCUGUGAUCAGUUGGAGGAAACAGAAGGAGUCUGGGCUGAAACCUCAGGAGGAGCAGCAGCAAGAGGAGGAGGAGGAGAACAUCUACAUUGUACACCAGGAGGAGACGAAUGAUGAAGACACAGAAGAAGGGCUUCAGACAGAAGGCGGAGUCUCCUUCAUUGCACACGUUCCUGUUCCUUCACAGAAAGAGGUGAGACUGGUCACACAAUCUGAACUGACUCUGACUCAUUCCAAGCUGUCUCUCUCCCUCUCUCUAACCUCUCUCUUUCNNNCUUCUUCAAUGCCUUCCUCUCCCUCUAUCUCUAGCUCUCACUCUAUCUCUCUCUCUCACUGCUUGUUGAGUUUGGAGUGUGAGUGUGUGAGGCACAUGGUGAGUGGUGGAAAAGUUUGUUUGAGAAUCUUUUUGGGGUUUCCCCCCCCCAUAUUUUAUCAGUGAACAGGUAAGAGUUAUUACAUUGGUUUAUUGCAUUUCUUUUUGCAGUUUGCAGUUCAGUCAAUCUAAUUGGUCGGGGUUAUUGCCAAUCAUGGAGUCCCUUCUGGCAGUAGGAGAACAAAUCAGACAUGAGAAUAUAGCAUAUGGUUCUUGGAUGAAAAAAAAAAAAAAGCAAUAGUAAUGUUUGUUCGGGACAAGCACUCGGUUCACUUCCUUUUGGAGAGAGGCCUGGUUUUGGAUAAUGAGUUUUUUUUGCUGUGUCUCUGAUGUUUAUGCUCUCCACCCGCAUCACUGUGAUGGGAGUCCCACCCUUCAUUCUCAACUACCUCAGA